UCCCAUAUUCCAGAAGCAACUCCGAAAUACUCAGAAACAAAUACAAUUAUUGGCGAAGCUUCUACUUGGGGCAAAGGAGCAUAUAAAGCUUUCAAUGGCCGCAUCUUUUCCUUUGACUCGUCAUGCGCAUACACCUUCUGCCGUCAUUGCGUGGAAUCCGGAGAAGAUUUCAAUAUUGAGAUCAAAAGAAACAAUAAUAGUGAUAUUGAAAAAAUAAUAGUUAAAAUCGACACUAAUGACGUCUCUAUUUUUGGUGAUAUCAUCCUAGUUAAUGAAGAAAGUGUACAGAUACCAUAUAACAAUAAAUUGAUACACAUUAAAAAAUAUGGAGAACAUAAUGUCCUGAAUAGCCGCAGAGGAAUCAUGUCUUUAAUGUGGGACAAAAAUAACAAACUCUCACUUACUCUUCACAAGAAAUAUCCAACUUGUGGUCUCUGUGGUAACUUCAACAGCACUCCAGGAGAUGAUAUCAAUGAACACAUUGCCAAUAGUAAAAUUCCUGGUGAUUGUCCCAAAGCUGUUAGUAAAAGCUAUGAUGUUUGUGAAGAUGGCGUGCAGCACUGUGACAAAAUUAUUGGAACUUACUUUGAGAAAUGUAGAAAGGUCACCACUUUAUCCAAUGACUACAGAAUGAUCUGCAUUGAUGAGUACUGCCAAAAUAGAGACAAAAAUUCUACGUGUGACACUUACACAGAAUUGUCCCGCCUCUGUGCCUCAGAUGGUCCCGGUCCCUACGUAUCCUGGCGAGAUGAUUCUGAUGUGGUUUGUGAAAAACCUAGAUGCCCAGAAAAACAUAUCUACAAAGAAUGUGGUCCCUCAAACCCUGCAACUUGUUCUAAUGUGGCUCCUUUUCAAGACAGUGAAUGUGUGAGUGGCUGCACCUGCCCAGAAGGUUACCUAUUGGACGAUAUUGAAGAAAAAGGGAGAUGUGUAUUAAAGGCUAAAUGUCCCUGUGAAUCAAAUGGAAAGAUCUAUCAGUCAGGAGAAGUCCGAGAUGGUCCUUGUGGUUCUCAGUGCACAUGCCAAGAAGCAAAGUGGUCUUGCACUGAAGCAUUAUGUCCUGGAAGAUGUAAGGUGGAAGGAAGUUCAAUCACCACCUUUGAUGGUGUUAAAUAUAACCAUCCUGGAAACUGUCAUUUCUUGGCCAUCCACGAUAAAGAUUGGUCUGUUAGCGUUGAACUUCGUCCCUGUCCAAAUGGUCAGUCAGGAACGUGCUUAAAUAGUGUUACACUCCUCUUGAAUUCGUCUGUUUCAGUUGACAAAUAUAUAUUCAAUAGAGAUGGAACAGUCACAAAUGAUAAGAUUAGAAAUCAAGGUUAUUAUUAUUCAGACCAAAUGCAGAUCUUCAAAGCAUCUUCCUCAUACCUUCAAGUAGAAACAAACUUUCAUGUAAAGAUGCAGAUACAGAUUGUUCCUGUGAUGCAAUUAUAUGUUUCCAUGCCACCCAACCAAUUCACAGACACUGUAGGACUCUGUGGUUCCUACAACAACAGAGCAGAGGAUGAUUUCAUGUCAAGUCAGAAUAUAUUGGAGAAAACGUCUCAGGCAUUUGCUGAUUCUUGGGAAAUGAUGCCCUGUCCUAAAGGAAACCCCACUUCAUGCAUCAGUAUAGAAAAAGAAAGAUAUGCUGAAAAGCACUGUGGAAUUCUUCUUGAUUCAAGUGGACCUUUUGCUUCCUGCCAUCCAAUUGUGAAUCCUAAACUAUAUCAUGAGGAAUGCAAAAAAUACACUUGCACUUGUGACAACAGUGAAGAUUGUUUGUGCACGAUUUUAGGCAACUAUGUAAAAGCGUGUGCUGAGAAAGAAACAUACAUAGUGGAAUGGAGAACUGGACUAUGUGAUCACUCUUGCCCAAGUGGCCUGGUUUUCAAGUACAAUGUAAAAGCCUGCAAUAGUUCUUGUCGAUCAUUGUCAGAGAGAGAUAGGAGCUGUGAUGUAGAAGAUGUUCCAGUUGAUGGAUGCACUUGCCCUGAUGGAAUGUACCAUAAUAAUGAAGAGAACUGUGUUCCAAAAUCUCAGUGUGACUGCUACCUUAAUGACGAGGUCAUACAACCAGGCAAACUCAUCCAUAUUGAUGACAAUAAAUGUGUCUGUCGGGAUGGAAUUCUUCUUUGCCAGACUCCCAUUGAUUUAACCCUACAGAAUUGUUCCGGAGGGACUGAAUUUGUUGACUGCAGGGACCCGAAGGCACAGAGAAGAGUUGACAGUACCUGUAGCACUCGGAACAUACCUAGUUUUGAUGAGAACUUGCCUUGCAAACGUGGGUGCUAUUGUCCAAUUGGCAUGGUUCGAAAUUCUAAAGGAAACUGUGUCUUUCCUGAAGACUGCCCAUGUUCUUUUGGUGGACAGGAGUAUGACCAGGGAAGCGUUACCUCGGUUGGCUGCAACAAAUGUACUUGCAUAAAAGGGUCUUGGAGCUGUACACACAAUGAAUGUCAAACCACCUGCCAUAUCUAUGGGGAAGGUCAUGUUAGAACUUUUGAUGGAAAAAGUUACAGCUUUGAUGGUCUCUGCCAGUAUUCAUUUCUUGAGGAUUAUUGUGGUCGUGAAAAUGGCACAUUCCGUCUCUUAACUGAAAGCGUCCCAUGCUGUGAAAAUGGGCUUACAUGCUCAAGAAAAAUCAUAGUUGCUUUUCAGGAUCAGAAUGUUGUUCUGCAUGAUGGGAAAGUAACAGCAGCCAAAACUACAGAAAGUAAGGAAUGUGAAAUCAGUGGAAAUACAUAUUCUGUACAUACUGUUGGCCUGUACUUGAUUCUGAAAUUUUUAAAUGGAAUAACCAUAAUUUGGGACAAGAAUACAAGAGUUUCUGUUAUACUGGAUCCACACUGGAAUGGCAAAGUAUGUGGUCUUUGUGGAAAUAACAAUGGUGAUCUCAAGGAUGAUUUCACAACACGAUAUUCAUCAGUAGCUGCUGGAGCACUGGAAUUUGGAAAUAGCUGGAAAACCAGUCAAGAAUGUUCAGACACAGUAGCUCAAGCUUUCCCGUGUGACUCAAACCCAUACUGUAAGGCCUGGGCUGUGCGGAAAUGUGAGAUCAUCCGGGACAGCACCUUCAGAGACUGCCACAGCAAGGUGGACCCCAAUGCCUACUAUGAUGCAUGCAUUGAAGAAGCCUGCGCAUGUGACAUGGAGGGGAAGUACCUGGGAUUCUGCACAGCUGUGGCUAUGUACGCAGAGGCGUGCAGUGCAGUUGGAGUCUGUGUCAGGUGGAGAAAACCAGAGCUCUGCCCUGUCUACUGUGAUUAUUACAAUGCCCCUGGGGAAUGCAGUUGGCACUAUGAACCUUGUGGUACAGUGACUGCAAAAACUUGCAAAGAUCAAGUUAUUGGCCAGAAAUUUUCUGCAGUUUUAGAAGGAUGUUAUGCUAAGUGCCCAGAUAGCGCUCCUUAUCUGGAUGAGAACACCAUGAAAUGCGUCAGUUUAUCUGAGUGCAGCUGCUUCUAUAAUGAUAUCAUACCAGCAGGUGGAGUGAUUCAGGAUAACUGUGGAAGAACAUGCUAUUGCAUCGCAGGAGAGUUGGAGUGCAGUGAAACUGCUCCUACAAAUUCAACAUUCACAGUUUCAGCUACAACAGCUACCUCCAUAUUAAGCACCGAAACAGCAGCUUCCAUUCCAGUGAUUACAACAUCAAGCAGCGAAACAAUAGGAACAACUCUAACUCUUCUGAGUGAACCUUUUACUACAGGUGUUAUUGGAACUCCCGUUCCCGUGACCGUCAGUGCUGGCACCGCAGGCACGACUGUAGUGUACCCCGCCCCCACCAGUCCUGGGCACAUGGCAGGAGGAACAACAGGCAGCCCUACUGCACCAGCAAGAGGAGGUGAAGACAGCACACCCAGGGAACCAAGCACAGGGGCGACAAGCCCAGGGAAACCAGGGACCCCAGAGGUUUCAGAGGGCUUCACAACAGCACCUGGGCGUGAGAACACAAAUGGAGACACAACUGCCCCAGGCUCAACCGUGGGAGGCAGACCAGGAACAACUGAAGGGGAAAAUGCAGCCACCACUGGAACUGUUGGUGAAAACACUUCCCGAGCCUCAGGAACAACUGGACACUAUGUUGAAGGAGGAGGAACAACUGGGCCAUCUGAGGGAAGAUCAGGGACAACUAGAAUAUCAGCUGAAGAAUCAGGGACAACUGUAUUGUCAUCUGUAGUGACAGGGAAAACAGGACCAUUACUGGGAGGAUCAGCAACAACAAGAUCAUCAGUUACAGGAUCAGAGACAACUGAACCAUCUGUUGUACUUUCAAGAACAUCUGUACCAUCAGAAGAAUUGACAGGAGCAACUGAACCAUCACUUGGGUUAACAACACCUGGACCAUCAGCUGAAGGAUCAGGGACAGCUACAUUAUUUGCUGGAGUAUCACAAACAACUGAAAGCUCUGUUCUAAAGUCAGGAAAUACUGGACCAUCCAUAGGAGGAUCACAGACAACUGGACGAUCAGGUGAAGAAGCACAGACAAGUGGACUAGCAGCUGGAGGAUCAGGGACUAUAGGACCAUCCACUGAAGAAUCAGAAAAAACAGAAACACCUGUUCUGGGUUUAGGGACAACUCAAACAUCUGAAGGAUUAGGAACAACUACAUCUGUUUUAGGUUCAGGGACAACUGGAACAUCAUCUGGAGUGACAAGAACAACUAAAUCAUCAUCUCGAGAUUCAGAUACUACAGGACCAACAGCUGAAGUAUUAGGAACAACUAAAUCAGCAUCUGGUAUAUCAAGCACAACUGCACUAUUGUCUGGUGGGUCAGGGACAACUGGACCAUCUGUUGUAGGAUCAGGAACGUCUGUACCAUCAGCAGGAUUGACAGGGACCUCUGGUCUAUCACCUGGGUUUGCAACAACUGGACAAUCAUCUGUAGGAUCGAGGACAACUGAGUCAUUGGCUGGAAGAUCAGAAACCACUGCAACCUCCAUUGUAAGUUCAGGCACUACCAGUCCAUCCACAGGAGGAUCACAGACAACUGGACUGUCGGCCAAAGAAGCAGGGACAACAGAACAAGCAGCUGGAAUAUCAGGGACCACAGGACCAUUCCAUGGACGAUCAGGGACAACAAGACAAUCUGUUUUAAGUUCAGGGAUGACCUUACCAACUUCUAAAGAAAUAAGGACAACUAGACCUUCAUUGGUAAAGUCAGGUACAACUGCAGUAUUGACUCCAGGAUCAGCCACAAGUGGACUGUCAUCUGGAGUAUCUGAGUCCACUGAACCAUCAUCUGAAGCAUUAGGAACAACAAGAUCAUCAGCUGGUAUAUCAGAGACAACUGGACCAUCAACAGUUGGAUCUGGGAUGGCAACAGGACCAUUUUUUGUAGAAUCAGGAACAGCUGUAUCAUCGGUAGGAUUGACUGGGACAUCUGGCCUAUCACAUGGGUUAGGAAUAACUGGGCCAUCAGCUAAAGGAGCAGGGACAACUGGAUCAUUUGCUGGAAAUUCAGGAACAACAGUAACCCCUGUUGUAAUUUCAGGGACUGCUGGUCCCUACACAGUAAAAUCACAGACAACUAGACAAUCUGCUGAAGAAGCUGGGACAACAGGACCAACAGCUGGAGGUUCAGGGACCACAGGACCAUUCCAUGGAGGGUCAGGAAAAACAGGACAAUCUGUUUUAGGUUCAGGGACAACCAGACCAUCUGUUGUAGGUCCAGGAACAACUAUACCUUCAAGUAGACUAUUUUUUGUAGGUUCAGGGACAACCAGAGCAUCAUCUGGAGUGAAAAGGACAAUGGGACCAUCAUCUGGAGAAUUAGGAACAACUAGAUCAUCAUCUGGUAUGUCAAGGACAAUUGGACCAUCAACUGGAAGGUCAGGGAUAACUGGACGUUCAGGAAAAGAAUCAGGAACAUCAGUAACAUCAGUAGGAUUAACAGGGACAUCUGGAUCAUCAUUUGGGUUAGGAACAACUGUACCAUCAACGAAAGUAUCACAAACAACUACAGCACCUGUUGCAGGAUUAGUAAAAUCUACAUCAUCUACAAGAUUGACAGGGUCAACUGGAUCAUCAGUUGGAGGACCAGAGAUAACUGGAACAGCAGCUAGAGGAUCAGGGACCACAACACUGUCAGCUGGAGCAUCAGGAGAAACUGGAACAUUAGCUGAAGGAUCAGAAACAACAAAAACCUUUGUUAUAACAUUAGGGAUUACUGAAACACCUGUAAGAGGAUCACAGACAAUGGGAUGGUCAACUAAAGAUUCAGGAACAACUGGGCAAGAAGCUAGAGGAUCAGGGACAACAGGGCAAUUCAUUGGAGGAUCAGGAACAUCAGUGUCAUCUGUUUUUGUUUCAAGGACAAUUCACCCAUUAUCUGAAGAAUCAGGGACCACUAGACCAUCUGUUUUAGUUUCAGAGACAACCAGACCAUUACCUGGACACACAGAGACCAUGGGAUCAUCAUCUGGCGAUUCAGACACCACUGGACCAUCAGCUGAGGUAUUGGGGACAACUAGAUCACCAGCUGGUAUAUCAGAAACAACUAGACUAUCAACGGGUAGAUCUGGGAUGACAGAAGGACCAUCUGUUGUAGGGUCAGAAACAUCUGUACCAUCAGUAGGUUGGACAAAGAUAUCUGGCCCAUCAUCUGGGUUAGUAACAACUGGGCCAUCAGCUGAAGGAGCAGAAACAACUGGAUCAUUUGCUGGGAAUUCAGGAAGAAGGGCAACUGCUAUUGUAAGUUCAGGAACUAGUGGUCCCUACAUAGGAGGAAUCCAUACAACUGUACUAUCACCUGAAGAGGCAAGGACUAUAGGACCAACAUCUGGGGGAUCAGGGACCACAGAACCAUUCCCUGGAGUAUCAGGAACAAUGGAACAAUCUGCUUUAGGUUCAGAGACAACUAGACCAUCAGUUGUAAGCUCAGGAACAAGUGGAAUAUCAUCUAGAGUGAUGGGUAUACCUGGACAAUCUACUAGAGUGACAGGGAAAAUUGGACCACCAGCUGGAGAAUUAGGAACAACUGGAUCAUCAGCUGGUAUAUCAAGCACAACUGGACUAUUGUCUGGUGAGUCAGGGACAACUGGACCAUCUGUUGUAGGAUCAGGAACAUCUGUCCCAUCAGCAGGAUUGACAGGGACCGCUGGUCCAUCAUCUGGGUUUGCAACAACUGGACAGUCAUCUGUAGGAUCGAGGUCAACUGAGUCAUUGGCUGGAAGAUCAGAAACCACUGCAACCUCCAUUGUAAGUUCAGGCACUACCAGUCCAUCCACAGGAGGAUCACAGACAACUGCACUGUCAGCCAAAGAAGCAGGGACAAGAGAACAAGCAGCUGGAAGAUCAGGGACCACAGGACCAUUCCAUGGACGAUCAGGAACAACAGGACAAUUUGUUUUAAGUUCAUGGACGACUGGGCCAUCAUCUGAAGAAUUAAGGACAACUAGACCUUCAUUGGUAAAGUCCAGCACCACUGGAAUAUCAGCUACAGGAUCAGCCACAACUGGACAGUCCUCUGGAGUAUCUGAGUUCACUGAGCCAUCAUCUGAAGUAUUCAGAACAACUAGAUCAUCAACUCGUAUAUCAAGCACAACUGGACCAUUGCCUGGUGGGUCAGGGAAAACUGGACCAUCUGUUGUAGGAUCAGGAACAUCUGUCCCAUCAGCAGGAUUGACAGGCACCUCUGGUCCAUCACUUGUGUUUGCAACAACUGGACAGUCAUUUGUAGGAUCGAGGACAACUGCCUCAUUGGCUGGAAGAUCAGAAACCACUGCAACCUCCAUUGUAACUUCAGGCACUACCAGUCCAUCCACAGGAGGAUCACAGACAACUGGAUUGUCAGCCAAAGAAACAGGAACAACAGAACAAGCAGCUGGAAGACCAGGGACCACAGGACCAUUCCAUGGACGAUCAGGAACAACAAGAAAACCUGUUUUACAUUCAGGGUCAACCUUAUCAACUUCUAAAGAAAUAAGGAUAACAAGACCUUUGUUGGUAAAGUCAGGCACAACUGGAGUAUUGGCCACAGGAUCAGCCACAACUGGACAGUCAUCUGGAGUAUCUGAGUCCACUGAGCUAUUAUCUGAAGUAUUCAGAACAACUAGAUCAUCAACUCGAAAAUCAAGCACAACUGGAACAUGGCCUGGAGGUUCAGGGACAAUUGGACCAUCUGUUGUAGGAUCAGGAACAUCUGUCCCAUCAGCAGGAUUGACAGAGUCCUCUGGUCCAUCACCUGGGUUCGCAACAACUGGACUGUCAUCUGUAGGAUCGAGGACAACUGAGUCAUUGUCUGGAAGACCAGAAACCAGUGCGACCUCCAUUGUACCUUCAGGCACUACUAGUCCAUCCACAGGAGGAUCACAGAUAACUGGACUGUUAGCCAAAGAAGCAGGGACAACAGAACAAGCAGCUGAGGUAGCAGAAACCACAGGACCAUUCCGUGGACGAACUGGAGCAACAAGACAACCUGUUUUAGUUUCAGAGACGAACUUACCAAGUUCUAAAGAAAUAAGGACAACGAGACCUUCAUUAGUAAAGUCAGGCAUAACUGGAGUAUUGGCUUCAAGAUCAGCCACAACUGCACUGUCAUCUGGAGUAUCUGAGUCCUCUGAGCCAUCAUCUGAAGUAUUCAGAACAACUAUAUCAUCAACUCGUAUAUCAAGUACAAUUGGACUGUUUUCUGGAGGUUCAGGGACAACUGGAUCAUCUGUUGUAGGACCAGGAACAUCUGUCCCAUCAGCAGGAUUGACAGGCACCUCUGGUCCAUCACCUGGGUUUGCAACAACUGGACAGUCAUCUUCAUCUGUAGGAUCGAGGACAACUGAGUCAUUGGCUGGAAGAUCAGAAACCACUGCAACCUCCAUUGUAAGUUCAGGCACUACCAGUCCAUCCACAGGAGGAUCACAGACAACUGCACUGUCAGCCAAAGAAGCAGGGACAAGAGAACAAGCAGCUGGAAGAUCAGGGACCACAGGACCAUUCCAUGGACGAUCAGGAACAACAGGACAAUCCGUUUUAAGUUCAUGGACGACUGGGCCAUCAUCUGAAGAAUUAAGGACAACUAGACCUUCAUUGGUAAAGUCCAGCAAAACUGGAAUAUCAUCUACAGGAACAGCCACACCUGGAUCGUCAUCUGGAGUAUCUGAGUCCCCUGAGCCAUCAUCUGAAGUAUUCAGAACAACUGGAUCAUCAACUCGAAAAUCAAGCACAACUGGCCUAUUUUCUGGAGGUUCAGGGACAACUGGACCAUCUGUUUUAGGAUUGGAAACAUCUGUCCCAUCAUCAGAAUUGACAGGCACCUCUGGUCCAUCACCUGGGUUCGCAAUAACUGGACAACCGUCUGUAGGAUCAAGGACAACUGAGUCAUUGGCUGGAAUAUCAGAAACCACUGCAACCCCCAUUGUACCUUCAGGCACUACAAGUCCAUCCACAGGAGGAUCACAUACAACUGCACUGUCAGCCAAAGAAGCAGGGACAACAGUACAAGCAGCUGGAAGAUCAGGGACCACAAGACCAUUCCAUGGACGAUCAGGAACAACAGGACAAUCUGUUUUAAGUUCAUGGACGACUGGGCCAUCAUCUGAAGAAAUAAGGACAACCAGACCUUUAUUGUCCAGCACCACUGGAAUAUCAGCUACAGGAUCAGCCACAAAUGGACAGUCAUCUGGAGUAUUUGAGUCCACUGAGCCAUCAUCUGAAGUAUUCAGAACAACUAGAUCAUCAACUCCUAUAUCAACUUCAACUGGACUAUUUUCUGGAGGUUCAGGGACAACUGGACCAUCUGUUAUAGGACCAGGAACAUCUGUGCCAUCAGCAGGAUUGACAGAGUCCUCUGGUCCAUCACCUGGGUUUGCAACAACUGGACAGUCAUCUGUAGGAUCGAGGACAACUGAGUCAUUGUCUGGAAGACCAGAAACCAGUGCAACCUUCAUAGGAAGUUCAGGCAGUACCAGUCCAUCCACAGGAGGAUCACAGACAGCUGGACUUUCAGCCAAAGAAGCAGGGACAACAGAACAAGCAGCUGAGGUAGCAGGAACCACAGGACCAUUCCAUGGACGAACUGGAGCAACAAGACAACCUGUUUUAGUUUCAGGGACGACCUUACCAAAUUCUAAAGAUAUAAGGACAACGAGACCUUCAUUGGUAAAGUCAGGCAUAACUGGAGUAUUGGCUUCAAGAUCAGCCACAACUGCACUGUCAUCUGGAGUAUCUGAGUCUACUGAGCCAUCAUCUGAAGUAUUCAGAACAACUAGAUCAUCGACUGGUAUAUCAAGUGCAACUGGCCGAUUUUCUGCAGGUUCAGGAACUUCUGGACCAUCUGUUGUAGGACCGGGAACAUCCUUACCAUCAGCAGGAUUGACAGGGACCUCUGGUCCAUCACCUGGUUUUGCAACAACUGGACAAUCAUCUGUAGGAUUGAGGACAACUGAGUCAUUGGCUGGAAGAUCAGAAACCACUGCAACCUCCAUUGUAAGUUUAGGCACUACCAGUCCAUCCACAGGAGGAUCACAGACAACCAGACUGUCAGCCAAAGAAGCAGGGACAACAGAACUAGCAGGUGGAAUAUCAGGGACCACAGGACCAUUUCAUGGACAUUCAGGAACAACAGGACAAUCCGUUUUAAAUUCAUGGACAACUGAGCCAUCAUCUGAAGAAAUAAGGACAACUAGACCUUCAUUGGUAAAGUCCAGCACCACUGGAAUAUCAGCUACAGGAUCAGCCACAGCUGGACAGUCAUUUGAAGUAUCUGAGUCCCCUGAGCCAUCAUCUGAAGUAUUCAGAACAACUAGAUUGUCAACUCAAAAAUCAGGCACACCUGCCCUAUUUUCUGGUGGGUCAGGGACAACUGGACCAUCUGUUGUAGGACCAGGAACAUCUGUCUCAUCAGGAGGAUUGACAGAGUCCUCUGGUCCAUCACCUGGGUUUGCAACAACUGGACAGUCAUCUGUAGGAUCGAGGACAACUGAGUCAUUGGCUGGAAGAUCAGAAACCACUGCAACCUCCAUUGUAAGUUCAGGCACUACCAGUCCAUCCACAGGAGGAUCACAGACAACUGGACUGUCGGCCAAAGAAGCAGGGACAACAGAACAAGCAGCUGGAGGAUCAGGGACCACAGGACCAUUCCAUGGACGAUCAGGAACAACAGGACAAUCUGUUUUAAGCACUACUAGUCCAUCCACAGGAGGAUCACAGACAACUGGACUGUCAGCCAAAGAAGCACGGACAACAGAACAAGCAGCUGGAAGAUCAGGGACCACAGGACCAUUCCAUGGACGUUCAGGAACAACAGGACAAUCCGUUUUAAGUUCAUGGACGACUGGGCCAUCAUCUGAAGAAAUAAGGACAACCAGACCUUCAUUGGUAAAGUCCAGCACCACUGGAAUAUCAGCUACAGGAUCAGCCACAACUGGACAGUCAUUUGAAGUAUCUGAGUCCCCUGAGCCAUCAUCUGAAGUAUUCAGAACAACUAGAUCAUCAACUCGUAUAUCAAGUACAGCUGGCCUAUUUUCUGGUGGGUCAGGGAAAACUGGACCAUCUGUUGUAGGAUCAGAAACAUCUGUGCCAUCAGCAGGAUUGACAGGGACCUCUGGUCCAUCACCUGGGUUUGCAACAAUUGGACAGUCAUCUGUAGGGUUGAGGACAACUGUGUCCUUGGCUGGAAGAUCAGAAACCACUGCAACCUCCAUUGUAAGUUCAGGCACUACCAGUCCAUCCACAGGAGGAUCACAGACAACUGGACUGUCGGCCAAAGAAGCAGGGACUACAGAACAAGCAGCUGGAAUAUCAGGGACCACAGGACCAUUCCAUGGACGAUCAGGAACAACAAGACAACCUGUUUUAGGUUCAGGGACAACCUUACCAACUUCUAAAGAAAUAAGGACCACGAGACCUUCAUUGGUAAAGUCCAGCACAACUGGAGUACUGGCUACAGGAUCAGCCACAACUGCACUGUCCUCUGGAGUAUCUGAGUCCACUGAACCAUCAUCUGAAGUAAUUGGUAAAACUAGAUCAUCAACUCAUAUAUCAAGUACAACUGGUCUAUUUUCUGGAGGUUCAGGGACAACUGGAAUGUCUGUUGUUGGAUCAGGAACAACUGUACCAUCAACAGGAUUGACAGGUACCUAUGGUCCAUCACCUGCAUUUGGAACAACUGGACAAUCAUCUGUAGUAUCGAGGACAACUGAGUCAUUGGCUGGAAUAUCAGAAACAACUGAAACCUCUGUUUUUAGUGCAGGGAUUACUGGUCUGUCCACAAGAGGAUCUCAUAGAACCGGACCACCUGCUGAGGAAACUGGGAUAACAGGACGAGCUGGUGGAGCUUCAGGGACCACAGGACUGUUCCAUGGAUUAUCAGGAACAACAGUACAUUCUGUUUUAGGUUCAGAAACAACAAGAAAAUCUGUUGUUUUGUCAGGAACAACUGUACCAUCAUCUGGAGUGACAGGAAUAACUGGACCAUCAACUAUGGAAUUGGGAACAAGUAGAUCAUUAGCCAGUAUAUCGGAGAACACUGGGGCAUUAAUGAGUGGAUCUGGGGUGACAACAGGACCAUCUUUUGUAGGAUCAGGCAUAUCUGUACCAUCAGUAGGAUUGACAGGGACCUCUGGUCCAUCACCUGGAUUAGCAACAACUGGAUCAUCAGCUGGAGGAUCAGGGAUAACUGGAGUAUAUUCUGGAAUAUCAGAAACAACUUCCACCUCUGUUGUAAGUUCAGCGACUAUUGGUCCAUUUACAGGAGGAUCACAGACAACUGGACUGUCAGCCAAAGAAGCAGGGACAACAGAACAAGCAGCUGGAGAAUCAGGGACCACAGGACCAUUCCAUGGUCGAUCAGGAACAACAAAACAAUCUACUUUAGGUUCAGGGAUGACCUUACCAUCUUCUAAAGAAAUAAGGACAACUAGAUCUUUGUUGGUAAAGACAGGCACAACUGGAGUAUCAGCUACUGGAUCAGCCACAACUGGACUGUCAUCUGGAGUAUCUGAUUCCACUGGACCAUCAUCUGAAGUAUUAGGAACAAUCAGAUCAUCAGCUGGUAUAUCAGAGACAACUGGACCAUCAACAAGUGGAUCUAGAAUGACAAGAGGACCAUUUUUUGUAGAAUCAGGAACAUCUGUACCAUCAAUAGGAUUUACAGGGAUGUCUGGUCCAGAGCCAACUGAAUCAUUCACUGGAAGAUCAGAAACAACAGCAACCUCUACUGUAAAUUCAGGUACUAGUGGUCUCUACAAUGGAGGAAUCCAGACAAAUGGGCUGUCAGCUAAAGAAGCAAGGACAACAGGACCGUUUCGAGGAGGGUCAGGAACAACUGGAAGAUUUUUUGUAGGUUCAGGGACAACUGUGCCAUCAUCUAGAGUGGAAAGCAUAACUGGACCAUUAUCUGGAAUGACAGGAAUAACUGGACCAUCAGCUGAGGAAUUAGUAACAACUAGUUCAUCAGCUGGUAUAUCAGAAACAACUGGAUUAUCAAUGCGUGGAUCUGGGAUGACAGCAGGACCAUCUGUUGUAGAGUCAGGAACAUCUGUAUCAUCAGUAGGAUUGGUAGGGACAUCUAGCCCGUCACAUGGGUUAGGAAUAACUGGGCCAUCAGCUGAAGGAGCAGGGACAACUGGAUCAUUUUCUGGAAGAUCAGAAACAACAUCAAUCUCUAUUAUAAGUUCAGGUACUAGUGGUCCCUACAUAGGAGGAAUCCAGACAACUGGAAAAUCUAUUGAAGAAGCCGGGACAACAGGACCAACAGCUGGAGGUUCAGGGACCACAGGACAAUUCCAUGAAGGAUCAGAAACAACAGGACAAUCUGUUUUGGUUUCAGGGACAACUAGACUGCCUGUUGUAGGUUCAGGGACAACUGGGGCAUCAUCUGGAGUGACAGGCAUAACUGGACCAUCAUCUGAAGUGAAAGGGACAAUUGGACCAUCAGCUGGAGAAUUAGGAACAACUAGAUCAUCACCUGGUAUAUCUAGGACAACUGGACUAUCAUCUGGUGGGUUAGAGACAACUGGACUAUCUGCUGUAGGAUUAGGAACAUCUCUCCCAUCAAGAUUGACAGGGACACCUGGACCAUCAGCUGGUUUAGCAACAACUGGACCAUCAGCUAAAGGAUCAGGGACAACUGAAUCAUUUUCUGGAAGAUCAGAAACAACUGAAAUCUUUGUUGUAAGUUCAGCAACUAUGAGUACAUCCAUAGGAGGAACACAGACAACUGGACAAUCUGCUGAGGAAGCAGGGGCAACAGGUCUAGAAUCUGGAGGGUCAGGGACUACAGGACUAUUCCAUGGAGGAUCAGAAACUACAGGACAAUCUAUUUUAGGUUCAGGGACGACCUUACCAUCUUCUGAAAAAUUAAGGUCAACUAGACCUUUAUUGGUAAAGUCGGGCUCUACUGGAGUAUCUGCUACAGGAUCAGUCACAAGUGGACUGUCAUCCUGGGAAUCUGGGUCCACUGGAUCAUCAACUGAAGUAUUCAGAACAACUAGAUCUUCUGUUGGAAUAUCAAGGACAAGUCAACCAUCUACUGGAGGAUCAGGGACAACUGCACCAUCCGUUGUAGGAUUAGGAAUACGUUCAUCAGCACCAGGAUUGACAGAAUCAACUGGACCACCAGUUUUAGGAUCAGGGACAACUGAAACAGCAGCUAGAGGAUCAGGGACCAUAGGACUAUCAGCUAGCAGAUCAAGGACAACUGGAUCAUUAGCUGGAGUAUCAGAAACAACCAAAACCUCUGUUGCAAUGUUAGAGACUACUGCAACAUCUAUAGUAGGAUCAUGGACAACUGAACAAUCAACUGAAGAAUCAAAGACAACUGUACAAUCAGCCCUAGGAUCAGAGACCUCAAGACCAUCUACUGGAUUGUCAGGAAUGACAGGAUCAUCAAGUUUUGGUUCAGGGACAACCCUGCCAUCAUCUGAAGAAUCAAGGGUAACUAGACCAUCCGUUAUAGGUUCAGGCACAACUGAACCAUCACAUGGAGUGAUUGGGACAAGUGGAUCAUCAUCUGGAGAUAUAUCCAUCACUGGACCACCAUCUGAACUAUUAGGAACAACUAUAUCAUCAGUAGGUAUAUCAAAGACAACUGGACAAUCAAUGGGUGGAUUUGGGACAACUGGACCAUCUGUUGUAGAAUCAGGAACAUCUUUGCCAUCAGCAGGAUUUACAGGGACAUCUGGAACAUUACAUGAGUUAGGAACAAGUGGACCUUCAGCUGAAGGAUCAAGGACAACUGGAAUAUUUUCUGGAUUAUCAGAAACAACUGAAACCUCUGUUGUAAGGUCCGAGACUACUGGACCAUCCAUAGGAGAAUCACAGACAACUGGACAAUUAAUUGAAGAAGCAGGAACAACUGUACAAGGAUUUGGGGCAGCAGAGACCACUCAGUCAUCUGUUGGAGGAUCAGGAACAACAGGACCAUCUAUUUUAGGUUCAGGGACAACUCCACAAUCAUCUGAAGGAUUAGGGACAACUGUACCACCAGCUAUAGAACCAGGAACAACUGGGCCAUCGACCAAAGGAUCAGCCAAAACUGGGUCAUCAGGGUUACAGACCACUGAAUCAAUUGAAAUAUUAGGAUCAGCUAUAUCAUCAGUCAGUGAUUCAAGGACAAUUAGACCAUCAACUAAAGGAUCAGGGACAACUGUAAGAUUACCUGAAAGAGCAGAGACAUUUGGACCACCUGUUGUGAAUUCAGGAAUAACUGGACCAUUUGUAGCAUCACAGAGGACUGGACCAUCAGCUGAAGUUUCAGUGACCACAGGAUCAUCAUCUGGAGGAUCAGGUACAACUGCCCCAUCUGUUACAGGUUCAGAGACAACUGGACCAUCAGCUGGAGCACCAGGGACAACUGGAAUAUCAUCUAGAGGAGCAGGAGCAACUGGACUACUUGUUUUAGUUUCAGAUACAGCUAUCCCAGCAUCUGAAAGAUCCAGAACAACUGCAUCACCAGCUGGAGGAUCAGUGACAGCUGGACCAUCAAAUGGAGAAUCAAGGACAACUAGAUCAGCUAUUUUAGGUUUAGGGACAACUCAACCAUCAUCAGGAGCAUCAGGAACAACUGGACCAUCACCAGAAGGAUCAGGGACAAGUGGAUCAUCAACUGGGAUAACCACUGGGAUGUUAAGGAAUGAGGUUACCACAUCUGAAGGUACAACUGAAGAACCAUAUGGAGAAACCGAAUCAGGUGAAAGCAUAACCAGUUUAACCACACCUGGAAAAUCAGGUUUCACAGAAGCUGCCCCUGGCUCAACAAUUGCACCAGAAAGUUCCACUACUGGCUCAGAUAAGAGAAUUCCACCAGUAUUAAUUGUAGGCACCACUAGGGUAGCCCCUGGCAUAACUGUUGUCCCUGGAAAUUCUAACACAGAGGCCACAACUUUCCUAGGAGAAAAUGAAACAACCAGAGUUGGAAUAGCCACAGGUACUACUGGUAUAGUCCCUGAGAAAACUGUGGAACCUGGAAAUUACAGCACAGAGGCCACGAAUUCCACAGGAGGAAGUGGGACCACCCAAACAGAACUUCUAGGAAGUACCACCAUGAUUUCACCUGGAGCUGGUAGAAGUUCACAGAGUUCCAAGCCAGUCACCUCUCACUCCUGGGAGUCCAGGGGCUGGAAGAGAAACUGGGAGGGUGACAUAAGGUCUCCUUCUGCUUUCAGUGGGAUGUAUGGAAAGGCAACUCCAGUAGAACAAGGAUUAGUAGGUGGGUCAGGAAAAGAAAUUGUGGGAAGUCUUACAGAGGAAAUCUCUGGGAUAACUAUUAUAUCUGGAAGUUCCCACACAGGCACCACUGCAGUACCGGGAGGCCAAGCAACUGGGAGUGUGACAGGCACCACUGGGGUAGCCCCUGGUACAACUGUUGCCCCUGGCAGUUCUAUUACAGAAGCCACAACUUCUGUGGGAGAAAGUGGAACACGAAUGAGGAUCAUCACAGGCACCUCUGGCACAACAGGUGGAUAUGUUCCUGGAAGUGAGGCAGGUACCACUGGAGAAUUGUCUGGAACAACCAUUACAUCUGGAAGUUCUAACACAGAGGCCACAACUUCCACAGAAAUGACUGGAACUGGAGCCCAAACAGGUGAGCAUGAAGAGCCCAUGAUUUGGGGGUCAACAGAUUUAGGACUGUCUCGGCUUUCCUUUGGAGAGUUUGCAUUUAAUUUAGGGGCAUUGCAAGAGUGCCAGAUGUUAGCAUUGCCAUUGAUUACGAUCAUGAGUUUGCCUCUGGAUCAGAAAGAUUGUUAUACAGGAAGGGCAGGUCCUCCAUCGCACACCCAGGCCAAUGGUGCUAUUGAUUCAGACUCCUCUGCUGGUUUCUGGACAACCCUUUUCCAGUGCCUGGCCAUGUGGUGUGGAUUUCUGAAUAGGGUGGUGGUAGUAGUAAUUUCCUGGAAGAUUAACCCACUGGACAUGAUUGAUGUUAUUGCAGAAUCGGCAGGAGUCAACACUGUCCCAAAAGCUUCUAUCUCAGGUACCAUUGGUGUGGCCUCGAGUACAACUGUUGCACCUGGAAGUUCCCAUACUGAAGCUACAACACCCCCUGGAGGCAGUGGAAGCACAGGAAUUGAAAUUAACACAGGGGGAUCCAGUAGCCAAGUCCCUGGCAUUCAAACAGGUACUAUUGGAGUGACCCCAGAAAGUACCAUCUCACCCAGAAUUUCCAACACAGUGUCAUCAGGAGCUACCACUGGUACAUCUGAGACACCAAGCCCUGGAAGUAAAACAGGCACUACAGGUGUAAUCACUGGCACAACAGCAUCUGGAAGUUCCAACACAGUUACCACUGGGAUAACCACAGGUACAACCAUCGCACUUGGGAGUUCCAACACAAAGGCUAUAACUUCUACAGAAUUUGAAGCUACCACUGUAUUUGGAAUGGCCACUAGGGCUACAACUCUGGGACUAAGCCGUGGCACCACUGUGCAUGUAAUUCAAACAGGUACUAUGGUCAUAGGUGAAAUCACAGGUUACUCAAAAGUUUCCAACCCAAAAACCACAACUUUUAAAGAAGGUGUUGGAACUAUGGAAGCAAGAAUUUCAUCAGGUACCACUGGGGUAGCCUCUGGCACAACAGUUAUUCCUGGAAGCUCCAAUACAGGUACUAGUGUGGCAUCAAGUAGAAUUACUGGUGUCCCAGAAAGUCCCACCCAAGGUAUCUCCAGGGAAGCAUUUGAAACAACCACUGCUCCUGGAAAUUCUACCACAGCCACUGCUUCCAUUGGAGUCAAGGAAACCUCUGGAACUAGAAUGCAAACAGGCUCCACCUCCAUGUCAACUAAAAUCACAACAAGACCCAAAAUAUCCUACCCAGAAACCACUCUAGUCACAACAAGAGACCAAGAAACUGAAAAUAAAACAGGAUGUCCAGCAUCACUUCCACCACCUCCAGUUUGUCAUGGUCCGCUGGGAGAAGAGAAAUCUCCUGGAGAUAUAUGGACUGCCAAUUGCCACAAAUGCACCUGUACUGAUGCAAAGGCUGUAGACUGUAAACCCAAGGAGUGCCCUUCUGCACCCACAUGCAAAACUGGAGAGAGGCUUGUAAAGUUCAAAGCUGAUGAUUCCUGCUGUGAAAUUGGAUACUGUGAACCAAGAACGUGCUUAUUUAACAAUACUGAGUAUAAGAUUGGUGCUUCAUUUGAUGACCCCAGCAAUCCAUGCAUCUCCUACUCCUGCCAUAGCACUGGUUUCAUCGCAGUGGUCCAGGACUGCCCAAAGCAGACCUGGUGUGCAGAAGUAAACAGAGUCUAUGAUUCAAACAAAUGUUGCUAUACAUGUAAUACUAAUUGUAGAUCUUCACUUGUGAAUGUGACUGUUAAGUACCGUGGUUGCCAGAAAAAACUUGAGAUGGCAAGAUGUGUAGGGGAAUGUAAGAACACUGUCAGGUACAAUUAUCAUAUCUUUCAGCUGGCAAAUUCAUGUCUUUGCUGCCAAGAAGAUAAGUACGAAUUCCGGGAAAUUUUUCUUGACUGUCCUAAUGGCAGUACAAUACCUUACAGAUAUAGGCACAUCACGGCAUGUUCUUGCUUAGAUAUGUGCAAACAGUCUACACUCCCAACAUGUAAGGACUACAAAAGAGAAAGUAGGGAGAGUGAUCAUUUGAAUUUUGCAGUGGUUCAGGCAAAAGAUGGUGUUGGCAGCGGCUGUGGCAGUAGCACUGAGAAGAUAAGGAGAGGAAAGGAUGAGAUAGAGAAGACAGAAGGAUGA